GGAACAAGAGCUACGUGUCAGACCACCAUCGACCACACAUACGUUUUCUCUAACAGUGGUUCCUGUCCAUGUUUGGUGCUGAUUAAAAGAAGCUCCUCAAGAUUGAAGGCCUGAUGUGCACCAGCAGGACCCAGAGCCUCUUAUCAUAAAGUGGAAGAGAAGACCCUUGGACCAGUCUGGUGGGAGACCAACGUAAUAUGGAGAAGACUGAUAACACAUUUUUGGUCACUACAGUUCCUUUAAAGAAUGAGGAUAAAAAAAAACUUGCCAGGAACCCAGCUUUAAAGACUCGCAAAAACGGUUCCAGCUCUUCAAAGACUGGCAUUAAGGAGGAUAAAGAGGAUAGUAAAAUGACCAAUCCUGAUUCUCAGUUGAAAAACUCAUCAGACUCUGAGUCAGAAUGUGAAGAUAGUAUCAAAGAAAGAAAGGAGAGCGGGGCUUCUGAUUUAUCAGAGGUAAAAACUGUCAGCAAAUCUUUGAGCUGCUCUGAGUAUGGUAAGCAGUAUGUCAGUAACCGCACUUUUCAGAGGCACAUGACAAGUCAUUCAGGAAUGAAGUUUUCAAGGUGUCUGGUUAAUAAGAAAUGUGUUGGAGAGAAAAAAGCUGUAGUAGAGUCAAGCAGGAAAGUUCAGGCAAGGCCAAAAUCAAUAAGCUGUGAUGACUGUGGUAAAAAAUUUGCUUGCAAAGCACAUCUAAACUCACACAUAAGAGUCCACACAGGAGACAAACCGUUUCCUUGUGAUCAUUGUGGAAAAAGAUUUAGUCAGAAGACGAAUUUAAACACGCACAUGAGAGUCCACACAGGAGACAAACCAUAUAUUUGUGAUGUUUGUGAUCAAAGAUUUAGUUAUAAGAUAAGUUUAGACUAUCACAUGAGAGUCCACACUGGAGACAAACCGUUUCCUUGUGACCUUUGUGGACAAAGAUUUAGCCAGAAGUCAAAUUUAAACUCACACAUGAGAGUCCACACAGGAGACAAACCAUAUCCUUGUGAUAUUUGUAUAAAAAGAUUUAAUCAGAAGACAAGUCUGAACAGACACAUGAGAGUUCACGCAGGAGACAAGAUGUUUCCUUGUGAUCUUUGUGGACAAAGAUUUAGUCAGAAGACAAAUUUAAACAGACACAUGAAAGUCCACACAGGAGAGUAA